AUGAAGACCCCGGUGGCUGAGGGUCGCCUGCAGGUGCUGCAGAUCUACCGGCUCCUCCAGUAUGUCCAUGAGGGACACCAGCCUCAGAUAGAGAAGAUGGUAGACAUGGGUGUGGAGGACCUCAUCAACCUGACAGAGCCACGGGAGGGCACCGGAGUUCUCCACCUGGCUGCUGUGGCCAACAACACAAAAAUGGUCAGCUUCCUGCUGGCCCAGGGCGCCCAGCCCAACGUCCAGGACAAAAGGGGACGCACCCCGGUCAUGUUAGCAGCUGAGAUGGGGCACGACGGCAUGGUGGCACUCCUAGCUAAGAACUACGCUAAAAUGAACCUGUUGGAUGCUGAGGGGAAAGGUGUGCUCUUCUACUGCAUCUUCCCCACCAAGCGCCACAUGCGCUGCCUGCAGGUGGCCCUACACAGCAUGGCUGAUGUCAACAACGUCUCGCUCGCCGGGACACCCGUGUUCCUGCUGGCGUGUCAACGUGCCGCCGACUGCUCCGCCAUGUGCCUCAGCAUCCUGGAGCAGGGCGCCGACCCCAACUCAGCCAAUCAGAUGACAGGCCGCACUGCGUUGAUGGAGGCAGCCAGGGCUGGGGCUGUGGAGCUGGUCAGAGCCAUCCUACUGAGGGGGGCAAACCCCAACACCCUCGACAAGAACCACCUCCACGCCACACACUUCGCUGCCAUGGGGGGAUUCUUUGAGGUGAUCCAGGUGCUGUCUGCUUACUCAGCUGACAUGGGGGUGAUGACAUCAGAGGGGGACACUCCUCUGCACUACGCUGCCCGAGGGGGCUUCACUGAUUGCUGCAGGUUCCUAGCACAGAGAGGUUGUAACCCCAAACAAAAAAACCAGGAGGGCCUUCUUCCCCGUCAUAUUGCCAAAGACAACAGCUACAAGGCAGUGGUAAAGGAACUCAAGAAAGCAGAGAGGAUACAUGGGAAGUACUCCAAAACCGGGGUGUCCAAUCCCAACACUCCCUGGGCCCUGACCCUCCACGAUUGGUCCCACGAGCACGAGGCCGCCCUCCGGAACGCCUUUUCGGACGAAUCAGAAGCCAAGGGCAUGGAGACAGUCUCUAGGGAAAUGUUCAUAUCUGUGCUGCAGAAGCUCCAGGCCCCAGUGGAACUGGACCAGCUCCAUAAGGUGGUAGUGGCCCACGACAAAAGGAGAGAAGGACUAGUCAAUGUCAGUGACUUCUUCAAGGGCCUCAAGUACCUCCAGAAAUCAUUUACCAUCGCCUCUUAUGGUCCAAAGAAGAAGAAAGGAGGAAAGAGAGGUAAAAAGGGCAAGAAAAAGGCUAAAUUCACUCUCCCCAUGCCUAUUUGUACCAUCCCACCUGAGCUUAUAUACAGACGGGACGACGGCGGGCCGCCUCACUACAUGAUCGAGACGUACCAGCAUUGUACUGACGUCACUCGUUUUGACCGCGACCACCCGCCAGCCCACCCAAUAGAGGAUGAUUCAGCCUGGUACCUAGACAAGCCGGAGAGGGUCUAUAUCGACAUCAACUACUGUGUGAAGACGGGGGACCUGGAGUCUCUGAACCUGGCCUUCAGUCAGGGGGUCCCAGUGGACGUGAAGGACCGCUUCUAUAAGACCCCUCUCAUGACCGCCUGCUCCAGUGGAAACUACGAGGUGGCCCAAUUCCUCCUCAACUUGGGGGCUGACGUGAAUGUGUUUGACCAGUUCCGUUGGACGCCCCUCCACCACGCUUGUCACGCAGGACAACUGGACAUAAUGGAGCUGCUGGUGGAGAGAGGUGCCAAGGUGGACACGCCCGCUCUCAACGGUGCCACACCCCUCAUGAGGGCCAUCGAGAGCUGCAGGCCCUGCUGUGUGGAUUACCUCAUCAAGGCCGGGGCAAAGGUCGCUGCAGAAAACAAGAAAGAGCAAAAUUGCUUGGACAUCGCCCGUGCCUAUGCAGACUUCAGGAUUGUGGACUUGGUCCAGGCUAAGAUUGAUUCUCUGCCCAAACUCAAGGAGAACAAGAAAGGAAAAGGGGGUAAACCUCAACCUAAACCCAGACCUGCCACUGCCCAAGAAAAGGGUCAUGGUCCGGUGACACCUGCCCCAUCUGAGAUGGUAGUGAAUAAAGCGAUGUCCCUGAAGGAGAGCAUCAUUCUGCACAGCACUCAGAUCAUCAGCGGACAAGUCAACAAAGUGGACAUCAGCUAUGUGCCAAAAACGGUAUGGGGCAAGCAGACCACCACCAGCCAGCUGGUAGAGAAGAUGCAGAAGAAGAGGGAGAGGUUUUCCUACGAGGUGGACUUUGAAGACUUUAUGAUGCCCUUCAGUAAGAACAUCCAGCAGAAAUCUCUGAAGCUGACUCAAGCUACUAACUAGUGGGAACAAGACAUGGUUGUAAUGAGUCAGCAGUUAUGUUUGCAGAUGGAAUAUAUUUGCCUCACAUAGUUGGGUUCAAAUCAGUUUUCAAUCCAGGAAGGGAAAUGGAAUUAAUUUAGUCAUAUUUUCAAUUUAUGUAUUGAAUUUCAAUUUACUCUCUGAAUUGAAAUCAUAAUUUGCCUUAGCACACUGAUGGCUGAGAGGAUUGUUUCCUCACUGUCAUAGAAAGCCAGUAAAUGUAUUGACUAAAACAAGAGACACCAAGUAGUAGAUGUAAAGAUGUAAGAAUAAUGUAUAGAUGUUGUUCACUGUUAUCUAUUGAUAUAAAUCCACUUGAAUUUAGUACAAAAUUGUCUUCUUCUGACAUGCCUACUGAGUACUCAUUGUAUCACUAGACACAAAGCACAUGGCAAAGAGUCUGUCAUGUAUACCAGACAGCUUCCACUCAUGCAGACAGCUUUACAGUCCUACGGAUUUGAUAUAGAA